AUGUCUGCUAUCGAUAUCGCCCUACACCAUCCCAUAGCGGUACUGUUCGCUUUCAUCGGUCUCCCUCCCGUCAUCUUCCUGCUCUCGCUCUAUAGACGAGUAUCGACCCGGUCAUCUAGAAAACACACCGCGACAGUGCUCGUUCUAGGCGAUAUCGGUCGAAGCCCACGGAUGAUGUACCACGCAGACUCUUUUGCCAAGAAUCAGUGGGCCACUUAUGUGGUAGGAUAUGAAGACACGGCCCCCAUUCCCUCUCUGCUUGAGAAUCAGCUGGUCUCCUUCCAUGGUCUCGCAGAAGCGCCAACCUUGGUUGGCCUCCUGCCGUGGGCUUUGCGGGUCCCUAUACGAGUGUUGUAUCAGAUCAUGUCUGUGAUAUACAUUUGCAUAUGGUCAAUUCCUUGUAACACAGAGGUGCUCCUUGUACAAAACCCGCCAUCAAUCCCUACACUGGCUCUGGCUCAAGCUGUAUGUUUUGUCACCAAGACCAAAUUGAUUAUCGAUUGGCACAACACGGGUUAUUCCAUCUUGGCGAUGAGAGUCGGAGAACAUUCACCUUUGGUCAAGGUGGCUACCUGGAUUGAAGCCAAGUUUGGGAAGAAGGCCUUUGCUCAUCUGUUCGUCACAAAAGCUCUAGAGGAGUUUUUGGUGCAAGAAUGGGAUCUAAGGGGAAAGACGACCGUUCUCCACGACAGGCCACCUCCAAACUUCCGCCGCACUGGGCCCAUGGUCCAACACGAGCUCUUUCACCGCCUCUUACCCGAACUUGAACCACCCUUCCCUUCCACCUCUCCUCUAAAAGACCCCGCAGUCACCAUUUUCACCGAAAUUGGGCCUUCAGGAAUGCCCGCCUUUCGCACCGACAAGCCUGCUCUGGUUGUAUCCUCCACCUCCUGGACCGCCGACGAAGACUUCACGCCCUUCGUCGUCGCUCUGGAUGCGUACCAAAAGGCCGUGGAUUCGGGCGCCAACCUUCCCAAGCUCGUAGUCAUCAUUACUGGCCGGGGCGGUCUCAGGGCGCAAUUCGAAACGAUUGUCGCUUCCCGAGAAGCAACGCAGGCAUGGAAAGACAUUAUUGUUCGAUGUGUCUUCCUGCCCGCGCGAGACUACCCGGCAUUGCUGGGAAGUGCCGACCUCGGAGUGAGUCUACACAGCAGCAGCUCCGGGCGAGACUUGCCUAUGAAAGUGGUGGACAUGUUUGGCUGCGGCGUGCCCGUGCUGGCGAGAAACUUUGCUUGCUUGCAUGAGCUAGUCAAGGAUGGGAAGAAUGGGAGAGUAUUCGAGUCUGGUACAGAGAUGGGUCAGCUGUUAAUUCAACUUUUCGAUUCAUUCCCUGUCUCCCCCGACCUUGAAAGCUUGAAAUCUUUUUUUGAACGCGAUCACAAGCCGCGACGGACCGGGACAUUGUCGCCCAGUGGCGCUGGUGAAGACGAGUGGUCGUCUUGGGAGGACAACUGGGAUAGAGUGGUUUCGGACGGCGUUUUGAACGAUACUAAAGAUUAG